CUCUAGAGAGAGAAAGAAAGAAUAGACCAGGAGAGAGAAAGAGAAGUGUAAGAAAGCAAGGCAAAAGCAGAGGGAGGAAAGCAGAGGGAAAGAGUGGAAAUUUGUCUGGGUAAUGUAGGGGAAGAAAGGGGGCAAAGCUUCAACACUUGGUCCCUGAAAAAUUCAGCAGAAACUCUCUAUCCCAUAAAAACCUAUUUCUUGGUUUUUUAUUGUUUUUUUUUUUUCGUUUCUCCACCAUAUCUCCGGCGACCUUGCCGGAAUUCCUCGCCGGGAAAACUCACUCCCUUUCUAUCAAACCAACCCCAUAAUAUUUUUUUCACUUGAAAGUCCACCCCUUCAUUUCAUUUCUUCAGAAGUUUGGUUUUUUCUUGUUUAUUGAGCUGAUCUAAGCUAAAAAAUCUGCUUACGUUUAUAAUUUUCGUACUGAGUUACUUUGAAGCUCACCUUUUGAUCUUAAAAAAGCUUAAAAUUAUGAGAAAGUGAGGAACUUUCUUGUUUUGUAUAAAAAAGACUUUUUUUUUUUUUGAGUUUCCAUAAAGAAACCAAUGAAGUCACCGGCAACCGGUGCCGGAGGAACCGCCGCAACCUCCACAGCUACCAACGGUGAAGGGGCAGAGAAGAAGAGCAUAAACCCUGAAUUAUGGCAAGCAUGUGCAGGACCACUAGUGAACUUGCCGGCGGCCGGAACUCAUGUGGUCUACUUCCCCCAAGGGCAUAGUGAACAGGUUGCAGCAUCCAUGAAAAAGGAUGUAGAUGCCCAAAUCCCAAACUACCCUAAUCUUCCAUCGAAGCUACUUUGUCUCCUGCACAAUGUCACCUUACAUGCGGACCCAGAAACAGAUGAAGUUUAUGCUCAGAUGACCCUUCAACCUGUUUCUUCCUUUGACAAGGAUGCGUUAUUGAGGUCAGAUCUUGCACUGAAGUCAAAUAAACCACAGACAGAGUUUUUCUGUAAAACAUUAACAGCAAGUGAUACGAGCACUCAUGGAGGUUUCUCUGUUCCUCGCCGGGCAGCUGAGAAAAUCUUCCCACCACUUAAUUUCUCCAUGCAACCACCUGCUCAAGAACUUGUAGCCAGGGAUUUGCAUGAUAAUGUUUGGACUUUCCGGCAUAUCUAUCGUGGACAACCAAAGCGUCAUCUGCUUACAACUGGGUGGAGCCUAUUUGUCAGUGGAAAGAGGCUUUUUGCUGGUGACUCAGUUUUAUUUAUUAGAGAUGAAAAGCAGCAGCUUCUAUUGGGCAUCAGAAGGGCUAACAGGCAACCUACCAACUUAUCAUCAUCAGUAUUGUCAAGUGAUAGCAUGCAUAUUGGGAUCCUAGCUGCUGCAGCCCAUGCAGCAGCAAACAAUAGCCCUUUUACUGUGUUCUAUAAUCCCAGGGCAAGUCCAUCAGAAUUUGUUAUCCCUUUAGCCAAGUAUUACAAGGCAGUUUACAGCAACCAAAUAUCCCUUGGAAUGCGCUUUCGCAUGAUGUUUGAAACUGAAGAGUCAGGAACAAGAAGGUAUAUGGGCACCAUUACAGGUAUCAGUGAUCUUGAUCCUGUAAGAUGGAAAAAUUCACAGUGGCGUAAUUUGCAGGUUGGUUGGGAUGAAUCAACCGCUGGUGAAAGACGCAAUCGAGUCUCAAUAUGGGAGAUUGAACCAGUGACUGCUCCGUUUUUUAUAUGUCCUCCUCCGUUCUUUAGAUCUAAGCGUCCAAGGCAACCAGGAAUNNCAGAUGAUGAUUCCUCUGAUUUAGAUAGCUUAUUCAAGAGGACUAUGCCUUGGCUUGGUGAUGAGCUCUGCAUGAAAGAUCCCCAGGCUCUCCCUGGCCUCAGCUUAGUCCAGUGGAUGAACAUGCAGCAAAACCCUUCCCUGGCCAACUCAAUGCAACCCAACUACAUGCAAUCCUUGUCAGGAUCUGUUCUGCAGAAUCUUCCUGGAGCUGAUCUUUCCCGUCAGUUAGGCUUGUCAUCACCUCAAAUGCCUCAGCCAAGCAACGUACAGUUCAAUGCCCAAAGGCUGCCUCAGCAAGCACAACAGCUUGAUCAGCUUCCAAAGCUACAGUCCUCACUGAUCCCACUGGGUUCCAUCAUGCAGCCACAGCAACAGAUGGGUGACAUCACUCAACAAUCAAGGCAUAAUUUAAUGGCACAAACUCUACCCUCAAGUCAAGUUCAAGCCCAACUUCUGCAGCCGCAAACUCUUGCCCAGACCAAUAACAUUCUUCAGCAACAGCCGUCUAUACAAAGUCAUCAGCUUCUUAGAAACCUUCCUCAAACCUUGCACCACCAGCAGCAGAAUCAACAGCAAAGCCUAAUGCAAUCCCAGUUGUCUGAUCAUGUAAACCAACAUGUUCAAAUUUCAGACAAUCAGAUUCAGCUUCAACUUCUGCAGAAGCUUCAGCAGCAACAGCAAUCACUUUUAGCACAGCAAUCUGCAAUGCAGCAGGCUGGUCAACUUGGACAGCUUCAAGAUUCACAAAGACAGCUCCUGGAUGCAUCUCAGAGUUUUUCUAGGUCUAUGGCACCCAGCCAAAUGUUGGAAAUCCCUCAAACUGCACCCACCUCUCUCCCUCAGCCAAAUACUAUUCCACAACAGUUGACUAAGAAUACCAACCAAAACAAUGCUCGAUUCUCAAAUCCGCCUCAGCAGCCAAAACUUCAACAACAGACUGGCAUCCUGCCAGUGUCUGAAAUGGCAGGUCAUAUGGGGCUUCCGCCGAGCUCAAUGGCCAAUCAGCUCUCCACAGCUGGUAGCAGUAUAUUGACGGCAGCUGCAGGACAGGGACAGUCUGGGAUUACUGAUGAUCUUCCUUCUUGUUCCACUUCACCUUCCACAAACAAUUGUCCGAACAUGGUUCAACCAAUGAUCAACAGUCAGGCCCACCGAAGCACAGCAAUGGGGGAGGACAUGGCUCAGUCUGCUGCCACACUCUUGAAUCCUAGUGCUUUGGAAACCGUGUCCUCUAAUGGUAAAUUAGUUAAAGAUCUGCUGCAGAAAUCUGAGGUUAAGCCGUCAUUGAACAUCUCCAAGAAUCAAAGCCUAGGAUUUUUUACCCCACAAACAUACCUAAAUGGUGUAGCUGCUCAGACAGAUUAUUUGGACACGUCAUCAUCUACAACAUCAAUUUGCCUUUCUCAAAAUGAUGUCCAUUUGCAGCAGAAUAACAAUUCACUGUCUUAUAAUCCACAACCAAUGUUGUUGAGAGACACAAUCCACGAUGGUGAACUCCAGGCAGAUCUGAGGAAUAAUAUUCCAUGUGGGACGAACAUUGAUAGCCAACUUGCGAUGCCAAUGAGUUCUGACCAUUUAUUAACAAAGGGCAUGGUGGGGCUGGGGAAGGACUUCUCAAAUAAUUUUUCUUCAGCAGGCAUGCUUACAAGUUGUGAAGCCUCCAAAGAUCCUCAACAGGAUCUUUCAUCCUCUAUGGUUUCCCAGUCAUUUGGAGUUCCAGAUAUGCCAUUCAACCAAAUUAACUCAGCAAUCAAUGACAAUAGCUGCUUGAACAGAGGUGCUUGGGCUCCUCCACAGCAACAGUUUCAGCGAAUGCGAACAUAUACUAAGGUGCAUAAACGUGGAGCUGUGGGAAGGUCAAUUGACAUAGCCCGGUAUUCAGGUUAUGCCGAGCUUAAGCAAGACCUGGCUCGUAGGUUUGGUAUAGAGGGACAGUUGGAAGAUCAACAAAGGAUAGGCUGGAAACUUGUCUACGUGGAUCUUGAUGAUGAUGUCCUGCUAGUAGGGGAUGACCCUUGGGAAGAGUUCGUGGACUGUGUCCGCUGCAUCAAGAUCCUGUCUCCUCAAGAAGUUCAACAGAUGAGCUUGGUUGGAGAUUUUGGGAACUCUGUCCUUCCUAAUCAAGCCUGCAGUAGUUCUGAUAAUGUCAAUGCAUAAAGUAGCCUACAAAGAUGCUAACAAUUCUUCUUCCACGCGGAGACCUUAUAUUAUUUGAGGAUUCUGUUAAUAGUUUUCCUAUCACUCAGUCUUGACUAUGUUUUUCAGUUGUCUGCCUGCUGAAUUUUUCCAGGCACCUGCAAUGAGCAGGUAAAUUUGCGAAGCUGUUCUAGGCCAGUUAGUGCUCUGUUUUUCCUUUUAGCCUAGCUGUAUAUUAGAAAAACGAGGUCAGAAGCAGGAAAAUAGAGGUUUUAGCACCUGAACCGUCAAUCCCUUUCUGGUCCGAAGUUGAUCUGUUCAGCACGGUUAAGAAUCCAGUUUGGUGCGUGUCCUUUAGGCUACUUGUGUUUCCAGCAGUCGAGGAUACUCUCGCUGGAACGUAUUGUAGAAAGAAAAAUCAUAUUUUGCAUGCCAGAUUCUGAGUAUAAAUGUGUAGAUUUCAUCAAUUUCUCAAUCGACUUGCCUCUGAUUUUAAUAGGUUA